GGGAUUUCCGCAAUAAUAUCAAGUAUGGCGAAGACAUACGACUAUUUGUUUAAAUUACUGUUAAUCGGCGAUUCUGGUGUCGGGAAGACCUGUGUUCUGUUCAGGUUUUCAGAGGACGCCUUCAACUCAACGUUUAUCUCAACUAUAGGCAUUGAUUUCAAGAUUAGGACAAUAGAGCUCGACGGCAAGAAGAUAAAGUUACAGAUAUGGGAUACGGCUGGUCAGGAGCGCUUCCGAACAAUCACAACAGCCUACUACAGAGGAGCAAUGGGCAUCAUGCUUGUCUACGACAUCACCAACGAGAAGUCUUUUGAUAAUAUCAAGAACUGGAUAAGGAACAUAGAGGAGCAUGCAUCAGCGGAUGUUGAGAAGAUGGUCCUUGGCAACAAGUGUGACAUCAAUGACAAGCGGCAGGUGUCCAAAGACAGGGGAGAGAAACUUGCAUUAGAGUAUGGCAUAAAGUUCAUGGAGACCAGUGCAAAGGCCAACAUCAACGUGGAAAAUGCAUUUUUGACACUCGCCAGAGACAUCAAAUCAAAAAUGGACACAAAAUUGGAGGGCAACACUCCGCAGGGGAGCAGUCAUGGAGUCAAGAUCUCAGAGCCUCAGAAAAAGACCAGCUUCUUCCGCUGUAGCCUACUCUGAGGACCGAGGCCUUCAAUACUGGCUGCCAGCUGGCUGGACAUAAAUGGACUGUGCUUGCUUUUAGCACUUCCUUCCCCUUCCUUCUUUCUGCCCAUCCAUGGCCUGCCAUCCCAGUCCACACAAACCAUUAUAUUUCCAGUAAGCGGAGGACUCCCCUCCUCUCUUCCUCUUCUGAAAGCUUCCAGUGGUGCAUCUCUUCCAUUUCAAGGAGAUCUGUUAUUUACUUGACUGGUCGAGGACUCAAGCAGGAGCAUUGUCCAAAUGUUCCUUAUCACACAAAAGACAGGCUCUUACUUACCGAUGUUGGUCUCUUUAUACUACGCACUUAUAUUUCACACAGCUGGUAGCACAACCGAGGAUCAGAAAUUAUUAAAUUAAUGUCAAGGUUUUGGGGUUGCAAAUACAAAUGUGAUAUUUAGAUCUAUUUUUAUUAGUGCUCUUUCCCUUUUAAGUUAGAAAUAUCAACCAGAGACUGAACGGCUUGAACUCUUGUGAAACCGAGUUGCACAUGCUUUCAUUUUCAUUUCUGCAGUUGGGAAUCAUAUCACUCAUAAAGCAGUCAAGGAUCAGAGAGGAAUUAGAUUGAAAGGUUUUCCAUUUGAGGUGUGCUCUUUUGGUUGCGUGUAGUCCUUGACAAUCAUUUGGUGUGACUAAAAAUGGCUGUUUCAUUUUGUUCCAAUCAUUAUACUUUGCCUCCUUUUAUUUAAAAAAAAAAAAAACUUUCAGCAAUAGCUGUCAGAUAUUGGAAGGCAGUUUGGCAACACGAAACCUAAGAAUACGAUCCAGAUUUGUGCUGUCAAAUAAUCAGCAGAACAUUUAUGAGCUGACAGGUUUCUGCCUGGUGCACUGAACUGCAAGAAGGUCUUGUGCAUACAAAAUGAGUACACUUUCAAAAAGUGAAAAUGUGAUAACACGCCAUUGUUAUUGAUUUGAAACUACACCAUUUAAGAAAAUGCCAAGAUGUGCACGCUGUGUAAUUUGAACAGUCCUCCACAAUUAAGUACUGUGUGAUAAGAUUAGGGCUGCAAUUAAUUAUUCUUUUUCUUAGCAAUUAUUCAGGCACUUAUUUUCUAGAUUUAUCUUCAGAAAAGGCUGUUAAAGGCUGUUUCUUAAAGCUCAAGGUGACAUCUUUGUCCAAUGAACUGUCCAAAACCCCAAAAAUAUUCAGUUUACUGUCACAUAAGAAAAAAGCAGCAAAUCCUCACAUUUGAGAGAAGACUUGGCGAUUUAUUUUCUCCGUUGACUCAGUUUCAGUUUACUUUAAAGUGUUGCCUUUCAUUUUGACUUGAUGGUUUUGCAGCAGCUCUGAUUCACAGGGAAGCUAAAUGACGUCUCCGGUUAUUUAAUCGAUUAAAAAUCCCUCAAAGUUUCGCACUGUAAGCCCCUUCUUCUCCUGCUAUCCACACAGCUCUCCUUGCACUUUACCAGUAACUCGUGUUUGUGUGUAGUCUGUGCCAAGUGAUAGUUUUGCAAUACAGAUACUUAGUUAAAAACAUUUUGGUCUAUUGAGUCUUAGUAGUAUUAUGGGCAUACUUCCUAAAUUCUACUACACCUACUUAUAAAUGACUUGAUCUCCUUUGCUGUUUCACCUCUAGUGAUCCACUGUCCUGGUGCCAGUUCACUGAAAACCACCCUAACAUACUUCAACAGCUAUAUAUAUCUACAAAAAAAAAGAAUAAGGAUUUGCAAGCCUCUGUUUCUAUGCUACUGCCCUGCCAAAUUCUAGUUUAAAAGUGAUGUUUUCUUGGCUUAUUCACGUGAAUGCUGUCUUGACCUAAGCUCAAAGGUGGCCCUCAUUAGUAUUGUACAUUUUCUCUUGUUUGUGUUUGACUGUAGCCCCUUAGUCUGACAGCUAGGUGACACCAGAGGCACAGUAUGCAUUACAGGUGACCACCCGAACUCAAAUUUUAAUCAGUAUUUUAUUAGGAACGCGAGCCACAGUGAACUAGACUUGUGCGAUCCAAACAUGUACCCACUAUUUAACGAUGAUGUUGAGUCUCGAUCUAUUUCCAUUGUUCCUCACGUUUCCUUUCUACAUGUUGUUACUAGUCUGAAAAUCAAACUCCUAUAUGCACAAUAUCAAGGGAGGAUCUGCUUUUGCUUGCCUGUACCUGUUUUUUUUAUAUAUCAAAUAAUUUGGGACCUCAUGACUACCAUGGCCAUUUGUCUUAACCACUAAUACUCAGUUUUGUCAUAGGUGAGCUAUGCAUUGUGAAUCUUGGACCUGUGCAUAUGUGUGUAAUGUAAUUUUCAGACAUACUUGUAGACCUGUGCAGUUGAAUGUAUGGGCUGUUUGUCAUUUUUGUUUUGUGUCAUUCACUGAGCCAAAAACAGGACGUGCUCUGUUUGUCGAUUUGUCAUUGCUGCAUCAGUGUGAGUGAAACGCAGCAUGGCGGCAGAUGAAGUAGGAAGAGUCUGGACGUUGAAAUGUGGCGGUAGUGUAGUUGUCUCAUUUGAGUGAUACUGUAGCUUUAAGUCAAAAACAGAAACCUAGGGAGCAGACGUUCGGGGGACUCGAGCUGUUAUCAUUUUCAGCUGAAAUGAUGCUCCCUGUUUGAUUUUGUUUUUAAAUCAUAUCUUUUUCUUAAGGAUCCUAUCACAUGUCCUAAUAUACUGUACGUCCCUUUUUACAGCCAUAUUUUCAUUCCAUCAAUUGUGAAGUACACAGGGAGAGUAAUACAAUACAUUUUGGAAAAAAAAAGUGAAAAAAAAAAACACAUUGUAAAUAUCACAUUGAAAAAAGAGAUCUACUUAAAUUGUACUGUACUUUCUAAACCUGUAUGAAAAUGUAUCUACAAUUUGUAGAUAUGUGUACUUUUGAUUUAAUAAAAUAAGAUUCUAAAACUUCC